UCCCGGUCUCCACUCCAAUGAGCAAUCGCUCGCCACAGUUUGUUGUUUGUGCGACAUUGGGAUUCAUUUUAGUUUCAACGAUUGUAUAGAAUUUAUCGAGAUUUCUAGUGUCUGAAUUGUUUAUCAAAUAAAGCAAGAUGCCCAGUAUUAAGUUACAGUCUUCGGAUAACGAAGUCUUUACGGUAGAUGUAGAGAUUGCAAAAUGUUCAGUUACAAUCAAAACUAUGUUGGAAGAUCUUGGGAUGGAAGACGAAGAAGAAGAAGUAGUUCCUUUGCCAAACGUGAACUCCGCGAUACUUAAGAAAGUCAUCCAAUGGGCCACUUACCACAAAGAUGAUCCACCAUUACCUGAAGACGACGAAAACAAAGAAAAAAGGACGGAUGACAUAUCUUCAUGGGAUGCAGAUUUUUUAAAAGUUGACCAGGGCACUUUAUUCGAACUUAUUCUAGCCGCAAAUUACUUAGACAUCAAGGGAUUGUUGGAUGUUACUUGUAAAACAGUAGCUAAUAUGAUCAAAGGCAAGACUCCAGAAGAGAUUCGUAAGACAUUUAAUAUUAAAAAUGAUUUCACAGCUGCUGAAGAAGACCAAGUCCGCAAGGAGAAUGAGUGGUGUGAAGAGAAGUAACUGCAUAAUUUAUUCAAUCAUAUAGCUGCUAAUUUUGGAAUGAGACUUGUCGUGAUUAGAACCACUGGAUUACUAAUUUGAUCAUUAAGCAAUAUUGGUUAUAAUGUACAAUCAAACACAUUGAUGUUAUUUAUUUUCCCUGCUGUAGUAUUUUAGAUUAACUAAUCCUUCAAGGUAUUUGUAACCUUUAUUUACUUUCUUACCUGCUAUAAAUUAAUUACACACAUGUUUUAAUCAUUCUCUUAUUUGUAUAUCAACAGCAUAUCAACAUACCAAAAUUCACUGCAAAUUCGCCUCUAUUACGGCAUCAUAGUCACAUUCUGGGUAACUUGAUAUGUGGUUGACUGUACACUUGAUGUGAUGUAUUCCUGGUGUUUUCACCUCUGAGAGGAGCCCAGUAACUUGUACUGUUUGUGUUAGUACCUACACCAAUUAUUUUUUACUUCUUAAUGCAUGUGAAAAACUUUCAACACUAUCUGCAUUGGUGAUAAGUUGAUAUUGUAGAUUUGAUUUUCUAAAUAGGUAUUUAACUUAUUACCAAUAUAGUAUUUUUCACUUUUGGGUGUUAGGUCAACUUAUACAUUGCAUACUGAUGUUGAGAAAUUAUCUACUCAUAAUUCCAGAUUUGCAUAUAAAAUUUGUUAAAAUUUUAAGAAAUUAAAAGAAUCAAUGUGAAAAAAAGAUUUUUAUCUUAUAUUUUGUCACUAUGUAAAUGGUAGUGAAGCAUAUAUAAGGCAUUUAACAAUUUAAUUUGAUAAAUGUUUGAGUAGAUUUCAAUUCUGUAAAAUUAAACCAUUUAUGUAUAAUUUUUGUUUAUAAAACACAAUAAACCGGUCUAAACUUG